AUGGACAAGUUUGCGGUGGGGGAUGCCUUCAUACAUGAACUCUCAAUGGUUGUUGAGGGUAUGCCUAGGUCGUACCUAAUCAAACAAUGUCGAAACAAACUGAACAGUAUUUGUUCUGUAAAACCAACCCCUGGAGCAGCACCUGGUGCACAAUUAUCAUUCAGGGACUCCCUUGUUAACAAAUUGAGACUUAUGGUGAGUAUAGGUAUACUGAUGUAUAUAUUUUCUUUUCCUCUGCUCUAUUAUAAUUUCUUUUGAUACUCCUAAUUACUCUUACAUGUUAACUCAUUUUCUUUUAUUUCAAAAAAUUCAGGCUGAAGAUGGUAAACUAACUGCCGGCGAGAGGCUUAAAGUGAAGAUAAGUGGUGAUGGAGCAAGAAUGACCAGAUUAACAAAUUAUGUUAUUCUGAGUUAUUGUAUGCUGGAUGACUCAAAAGAUGUUUUGGCUGCCAAAGGUAUAUAAUAUAGUUCUUGCCAUCUUACCUAAUUAUUGCCUAUUAUUGAGAAAAAAAGGAAAUUUAGUAUGGGCACGAAAAACAUCAACAUAUAGACUUCAUUGAGAGUUUUUAUCUGAAAAUGUCGCACACCACAAGUCUAUAUACUGUAUAUGCAAAAUAAUAUCUAAGAAUUACCCAACCACUAAGCUAACUGGAGCCUAUUUGCUUAUUAAGAUAAACAAUCUUAUUUCAACUAGGAACAAACACUAUAGCAGUAAUGAGUGGUGCAGAAAGCUAUGAGUCACUGAAGAUUAGCUUUAAAGACUGCUGGGAUGAAAUCAACCAAAUCAUUCUUGAAGGUCAAGUGGAAAUCAACCCAGGGCAUACUGUACCAGUUGAAAUAUUUCUUGGUGGUGACUAUAAGGUAAAAUAUUUCUACUAUUUACCCUCUCUAGUUUUCACAUAAAUAUUAUGUUGCUGCUGUUCCAGGUUUUUAUUUGAUAUGGUUUUUACAGUUCCUUCUACUAAUUAGUGGACGUGCAGCAGCAAAUGCAAAUUAUGCUUGUUUGUGGUGUACAAUUCACAAGGAACAAAGGUAUUUUAUUCUGAAUUGUGGGACUUCUUACGUCGCAUUGCAUAUAAACUAAUUAACAUAAUAAUUUACACAGUGUUUAUUUACAGUAAUUUUACAUAGUGUUUUAAAUAUUUGUUUCAGAUGGGACAUGACAAAAUCAGGGAAUUAUUAUAACCAACCUCCCAUGGCUCUGACCCUGGCUGAUGUGAAGAAAUAUGCAUCAGACAAGAACCAAUUUUGUUGUAAAGAUAUGCCCUUGCUGAAUGUUCCACUUUGCAAUAUUGUUCUCGAUGAGCUCCACCUUCUUCUUCGAGUUACAGAUAUUUUGUUAUCUAACUUAAUAGAGGAUGCUAUGGAGUUAGAUGACAAAAACGACUUCUUGAAGAAGAAGGGGGAGCCCAAAGGGGUCUACUUACAGAGGCUCACACAGCUCAUAAAUAGCUGUGGUGUAACAUUUAGUGUGUGGGAGAAACGGGAUGACCAUGGUAAAGGGAUAGGAAAUAUGGAUUGGACGUCGUUGAUGGGUGCUGAGAAGAAGAAGCUGCUACAUACCCUCCCAGAUAAACUACAGUCAAGCACUGAAGAAAUUAUUCAUCUGGAUACUGCAGGCACAGUCAUCAAACUAUGGAAGGUAUGUUUAUCAGAUACAAGCUUUUCUUUAAUUUGUCCAUAUGUUAGCGGGGAAUCUGAGUCCCUACUCAUAGGAAGCCCAAACAAACGGUUUGAAGGAACUAAAAGCCUUAUUAAAACACUUGAGACAUGUCUUACAAUGAAUUAAAGUAUGCAAUUAGCAAUAAAAUUGCUGUUAGGAUCAUGUAUGUAGUAUGCUCCAGUCGCGCUGUGAUUUGACCAUACAACUUCAAACCGUUUGUUUGGGCUUCCUAUGCUCUACUGUAUAUUUACUUCUCAGGCAUAUCAAAAAAGACUCUCAGUUCUUUUGCAUCCAUUGCAUUCUGCCGUUUUAAUGGUGGAUACAGAUUUUUAUCUAGUUCGUCGUCAGAGACAAUAAUUUCGGUGUCUUCACCGCUGUCGUGAUCGUGCUCCGUUCUUUUUUUCUUAUUUUUGUCUUUUCUUCUCUUCUGUCUUUUUCUUUUCUUUGGUUUCUUCACCUCUUGGUUGGCAUCCAGAUCAAGGACACAUUUCUGAGCUACAUAGUUCAAAUAAAUUUCCUUUGACUUUAUAUUGAAAAAACGUAUCCUUUAGAAGCAGCCACGAUUAUAAGAUUUUACAUUUAAAUACUUGCACAUGUAAGUUGCUUGGUAUAGGUUGCCGUAUUUUCGGAUAGACAUAUGUGUAUGGUGAGACCCAAGCGAAAUGGUUAAAAUCUAAUCCACACCACAAAAUUAAAAUAGAACCACUUUUGUAUCAUCUUACCAGAAUAUUUCUGGCUCUUGUUUAUAGCGCGAGGCUGCGAAAUGAGUUUGUUGUGAAAUAUCCAUGUCUACAUAAUAUGUUAUGUGUACCUUGUUCUUGUUCACAUUUCUCCUCCAUUAUCACUAAAUAAUAGUGGCCAAAUAUCCCCAAUGGUGUUGUGUUCUUACUGUAUUUUGUGUUGUAUUGUGCGCGUAUCCCUAUGGUUUUAUUAGGGAUUAAAGAUUAUCAUGAUAUCAUAUAUCAUAUAUCAUACCUAAAAUAUUUUACCUGAGGCUAUAUAUACAGUAGGUGAAUACACAUAUAUGGGUAAAACCAUGCAGAAAACCUUUCCAGACGUAAUAGUAUACAUGAAAACAAUUCUCAAUUCUGGUUGGCAAUUUUUUCAAAAUUCAGUGCCAUUAAUAUGAUCUUGUCAUACUCAUAAAUGAUUUUGUUAAAAUUUUUUUUCACUAACAGGAUUUUGCUGACAUAUACUUCAACUGUAUUUCUUCUAAUAACCCUGUUGAACUGGAGACAUGUGGAUCUAGGGUAAGUCAUUUUCUGUUGUAUGGAUAUUAAUGGAAAGUGGUAGUAUAUAAUGAUAUCAAUUACAACAUAGUAAUUCUUUGAGAAACUCUUUUGAAUGCUUUUAAUUUAAAUUUCAGAUCCGACGCUGGAUAACACUGUUUCUUACCUUGCAACACCAUAGAAAGGGCUAUGCAAAUAAAAAUAUUACACCUUAUAUGCACGCAGCAGCAUAUUAUAUCCAGGAUGUUCUCGACAAAUUCAAGAAUUUGAAACAGUUCAGUGGACAAGGUAUGUUUGUAUCAUACCAAUAUGAGAUAUUGUAUUUUAUAUUUUUUGCACUUUCUUUACAGGUGUAGAGAAAAACAACGAUGUUGCCAGAAGUAUAGUCCUUCGUAAGUCAAACAAUUUUGACAGCCCUGCAGAGGUGAUACGAGCGGAGCACAGAGUUAACACUCUGCACAAGAGAGAAAGAAGGAAAAGAGGAUACAAAAAAGUUGCAACUGAGUUUUGGAAUGGCGGGAAGCAAGAGGCCAGUAAAAAUAAAAAACAGAAGUGCAUAAGCAUACAAAAGCCGGAUGUUUCAAAUAAAAUUGGAGAAGAUAACAGCAGCAUACCAGAGCAACCUGCAAAUGUGCAACAAAGAAAUGUGCAAAAAGGAGCAAAAAAGGCAAAGAAAAGAAAGCAAACAAAGAAAAGAUAG